AUGUACCCGACGCUCUGCAAGCCGCAGACGCUCGACAUUGAGCGCCGCCGCGUCGUCCUCUCGGAGCGCGAGUACAAAAGCGUGCGCUACCACGAGCCAAUGGCGGGCAAGUCCAAGCACGGCAUGGCGCUCUAUCUCGUUGCCAUUGGCCGCAAUAAGAUCUAUUUGUUUGAUCUUCAAAAAACGACCUCGCGCCCGAUCGUGUUGCACAUGAGCGCCAUCACGUCGCUUGCCAAGGUCAUUCCAAGAAAGUUUGGGUCCGAGCGGCAAAUUCUGCUCUGCGACGACAGCGAAUUGUAUGCGAUUACGCUCCGCGACGACCUUGGCAAGGCGCCGACAACCUACUACUUGGCAUCGUUCGAAGCAGCGUCCAAGGCCUUUGUCUACCUCGACCAAAGCUGGGCAUCGUACCUCGAGCGAUGUGUGCUGGCGCCCAAGAAGCUGACGACAUCGUCGUCCCAAACCACACUACUCUUUCACGCAAUCGUGGCCGAGUUUGCCAACACGACCGAUAUCGUCAUGCGGCAAAGUCUCUUGCAGGAGCUCAGUCUGUCGGCCGUGGAUGCAGUGCUACUGAAGCGCCUCUUCUUCAAUGAAGACACUAUGUUGCACACUGGCGACAUGGUGUGCCAUGGCUUGCCGUCGCUACUACUGCACCUCUUGAUGCAGCUCGACGACCGCAGCGCAAGCGAUCUUCCCCGCGCCGCCCAGCUCGAGUAA